AUGUCUAUGAUAGAGCAAGCAGCCAGCCUGAAACUUAAAAAACAAUUACGCUCUAAGAUUGAAGCUGGGCACCCAUGGGUUUACCAGAGUGCUAUAGAUAAUCAGCCUCAACUUUCUGUCGGGGCUCCUGUACGCUUAAUAGAUAAAAAUGGUUUUGUUGCGUGGGCAAUUUAUGAUCCUGGCCAUCCCAUUGCUGCUAGAGUUUGGAGUUUAGACGAACAGCAAAUACCAGAUAGUGCACUGAUUCAAGAACGAUUGGUCUCUGCAAUUCAAUUAAGACAAAGCCUAAUAGCAAAAAAUGUUGAAGCCUUUCGGCUAGUUCAUGGUGAAGCAGAUGGUUUACCAGGAUGGGCCAUUGAUCAGUAUCGCCAUAUCCUUGUUGUGCGUAGUGACGGUAGGGCUGCAGAGGAAAGGCUUCCUUAUUUACAGCAGGCAAUUAUCAACACGCCACAACUUAAAAAUAUUCAGACAAUUGUCCAUCGUCGUUCCCGAGGUGCUCAAGGUCCACGUUGGGAACUCCUUCUUGGUCAACAGCCCGAACCAUUUAGCUGUCAAGAAUAUGCCUGGCAUAUGGAAGUAGAUGUCCUCCAAGGUCAAAAAACAGGGUGGUUUGUUGACCAACGAGAAAAUCGGCGCUUAGUAUUUGAUUUAGCAGCUGGGCUGCGAGUUGCUAACCUUUUUUCCUAUACAGGAGGUUUUAGCCUUGCCGCAGCUUUAGGGGGGGCGACGUAUGUCGAAAGUGUUGAUAUUAGUACGAACGCAAUCAAAGCAGCAGAGCAAAAUUUUAUCCUCAAUGGAUUAUCACCUAAUGAAUACGGAUUUAUAGCUGAAGAUGCUUUUAACUGGUUUGAAUCAGCUAGACAAGAACAAAAAAAAUUUGAUUUGGUCAUUAUUGAUCCGCCUAGCUUUGCUCCAAAUCAAAAGAGCUUACCCAAUGCAAAGCGGGCGUAUCGCCGCUUAUUUAGAUCUGCCUGUCAACUCUUAAGUGAAAAAGGUCUACUUGCAGCCUCAAGUUGUUCUAGCCAUAUUACGAUGCAACUAUUUCGUGAACUCAUUGAUGAGAGUGUUCAACAAACAGGUAAACGGUUACAGAUCCUUUGUGAACGUGGGGCAGGUUUAGAUCAUCCUGUCAUUCCUAGUUUUCCAGAAGGGCAUUAUUUAAAAUUUGUCUUGUGCCGUGUUCGUUAA